GCAUUUUGUGUGCACUGUUUACUAUACCGUUCAUGCCAGUGUUUGUGUGUGGGGGUCGGUCGCCGGGCUACUUUUGGUCAUGGGAAGUUGGUAGGAAGUGGGUCUCAUUUAUGGCAAACUUUCAAUCGGAAAUGCAAAUCAGAGACCGGGCCAGGCCGGGCCGGCUUGUUCCGGAUGAUUCAGCGCGGCAGCGGUGGAUGUGAAUGAAUCGUUGUGAAAUGCCGGUUAUGGCGAAACUAUGAACGUAAGGGUUGUGACAACACGAUAAAACGAUUAUUAUUUUUAUUGAGAUAUAAGUGGCGAUAGAACUAUAGUGAUUUUCCAUAAUGAUGCGACCACCCAUGAUUUAUUGAAUUUUUCUUUGAAAUGAAACCUCAAAACAUGAGCUCAAGAAAAGUUAUCCUCUUGUUCCCGGAGGCAGCAGAUAUAAUUAAGAAUCGUCACUAUGUGGACGAUGCGAUGUUCAGCACAGACACACCAGAGCACGCCAUUCGUCUAGCGCGAGAAGUUAGCCAAGUGCAUUCCGCCGGUGGUUUUGAAAUCCGUAACUGGGUGAGCAACUCGCAACAAGUAUUAAGCGCGUUGAAAGAAGGCAGUAUGACUGAGAAAAAUAUGGAUUUGACGACGGGACCGAUGGCGACGGAGAAAGUGUUAGGAAUGUGCUGGUGCACUAAAUCCGAUGAAUUCAUAUACAAAAUUGGAUGGAACCGGUUCAACCCCGAUCUGCUCAACGGAUGUCGUCGAAUCACAAAACGCCAAAUGCUGCAGAUCCUCAUGACUAUCUUCGAUCCCCUCGGACUGAUUUCCCAUUUCCUGAUGUACUUAAAAGUACUCCUCCAAGAAGUGUGGCGAGCCGGUAUUCAAUGGGAUGAACAAAUCAGCGACCCACUACACGAAAAGAACUUCCUCAGCUGGAUAAAUUCGGACCAUCGACGAUACAGUACUUUCGUGGCGUUUCGGGUCAGCGAAAUACUCGAUGCCACGGAAGCAGCAGAUUGGCAUUGGGUACCGUCCAAACAAAAUGUAGCGGAUGACGGCACCAAGUGGGAGACGCAGCCUGACCUUUCUUCAAAAUCCAGGUGGUUCAGAGGUCCCGAUUUCCUCUAUCGAAGUGAAGCGGAAUGGCCCAAAUCCUCUUCGAAGUCCAUGCGAACAGACAACGAAUUGCGAUCUUCCCUCAUGAUUCAUCACUUGUCGCCCGACUCAGUUAUCAACGUCGCGGAUUUCUCAAGCUGGAAACGACUCAACAAUGUGGUUGCCUACGUUCAUCGCUUCAUCGAAAACUGCCGAAGACGGAGAACCAAACAGUCCAUCGAAAGUGGCCCGUUGUCCAGAGAAGAACUCUACGCUUCCGAAGGUUUCCUGUUCCGUCUAGCUCAACGGGAAGGUUAUAACGAAGAGGUAGUCCUUCUGACCGCCAACUGCAAGAAUACAUCAGAUAAUGUCCUUCCUAAAAGCAGCCGAUUAUACAAGCUGUUGCCCAGACUGGACGAGCGUGGAGUGAUGCGAAUGCGCAGUAGAAUAGCUGCCUGUCAAUACGCCACCGAAGACGCGAAAAGUCCGGUGAUUCUUCCAAACGACGAAGAAUCGGGCACGGACAGAGAAAGGCACUAAUUUGUUGUAGCAGAGUUUUAUUUGCUCAGCUCAAAAAAGAUUAGUUUCAGCUCUCUUUCUUCACUACACAAUUCUGCCUCAGCGCUAGCUAUUUAUGGACUAGCUUAUGAAGAACACGGUUUCUCGGACGGACGACAGCCGUACUCCUUUGGAUGCUGCUAACCUCGAACGAAUCUAAGGUUAAAUGCCCUAAGCGGAUAUAAAUUCAAGCAGCUAAACAGCAGAAUUCAUAAAAAAUUAUAGCAAUUUCAAAGAUUACGAUUGAAUAAAUUUUUCCA